AUGCCUCUCCCAGGAGAGCCGCCCCCAAACGUGGGGCAUGAAGGUCCCAUCCCUGCAGUGGGGGCCAGUGAGGGCAGCACCUUCCCUGGGGACAAAGCUGGCCCAAAGGACAUUGUCAGUGGGGAAGGUGAAGCAGAUGGUGCACCCAGAUUUGCCCUGAACACGCUGGUUUUGAAUGACUCCAAGGAAGCAGCCAGUGCUCAGGAGAGCAAAAAGGAUGAUAUUUACUGUGACUGCUGCUUGGUGGUGGAGGAGGUGGUGGUGGAGGAGAAGCUGGUGGUGACAUCCUGCCUCACCUGCCCAGCGUACCACCAGGCUGCCCUGGGGAGCAGCCAGCUGCUGAGCCGCUGGACGUGCAGCCCCUCUGAGGACACUGAGACGUUGAUCUGCAGAGCUGGAGAAAACCAAAAAUUGACCAGCACUGGUCCCUGGGAACAGCCGUACCCAUAACAUCCUGGAAGAUUUGAACACUGGCAUCAAGUGCUGUCUGACAAGAGUUUGUACUUUAGCCACUGCUUUUUCAAGGGUGAGAUAUCUGGAGCUUAUCUUGAGUUUGGCUUGACUUACAGAAGCACUGACCAAACAGGUUUGGAAAGCAACAGCUGCACCUAAGGGAACAACUUCUCCUGGAGCAUUCUGCAGAAUGAGAGAGGAUGUUCUUCAUGGCACAGUGAUGUGGAGAUGCCCCUCAAAACAGCCAUGUUUGGUAGGAUAGGGGUUUACCAAACUACUCCAGCAGCCUUGUCCUUUUACAGGGUCACCUAUGAUGACAUGAACUUGAUGCACCAGUUUGCGUAUGAUUUUGCUGAGCCUUUCUACCCUGACUUUUGGCUUUGA